AUGUCCUCCUCCUCCGAUCUCAAUCGUCUCCAUACCCAUGACUUAGAACUUGGCGUAAGCGAAGCCAUCGCGCGACACGUCUCCCGACAUGUCGUCCAGCCCAAGCCCGUCUCACAGCGGCGCCUCGACUUUGAGCGCGCGCGCCCCCGCUGGGUGCGCGAGUGCCUGGCCGAGGCCACGGGCGUCUUCUUCUACGUCUUCCCGGGCAUCGCCGCCGUGGCCAGCUUCACGCUCAACCUCGAGAGUCCCGUCGGCGUGGCCGCGUUUGGCAGCCUGUUCCAGAUUGGCUGGGCGUUUGGCUUCGGCAUCGCGCUGGCCAUCAUCUGCUGCGCGCCGACGUCGGGCGGCCACUUCAACCCGUGCAUCACCAUCGCGCUCUGGUUCUGGCAGGGGUUCCCGCUCAAAAAGGUGCCGCAGUACAUUGUCAGCCAGAUAUUCGGCGCCUUUAUCGCGGGGUUGAUCGUCAUGGGCAUGUACUGGCCGCAGAUUUCCGCGAUGAAGGCAGAGUUCAUCGCUGCCGGCAAGCCGCUGGUUGCGAAUGGCGCGCCUGCUAGUAUCCUGUGUUCGUUUCCGAAUGCGAACCAGACGAAUCUGGGCUUCCUGUUCAUGACCGAGUUCUUUGUCGACGCCUUCCUGGCUCUCGUCAUCUGGGCCUGCAUCGACCCUGCCAACCCGUUCAUCGCGCCGGCGAGCGCGCCGUUUGUCAUUGGCGUUGCGUAUGCCGCCAUGGUCUGGGGUUUCGCCGACAUCACCAUUAGCACCAACAUGGCCCGUGAUCUGGGCACGCGCAUCGUCGCCGCCAUCUUCUUCGGCAAGGAGGCAUUUACGUACAUGACGUACUCGCCCAUCAGCAUCCUCGUCAGCAUCCCCGCGACGCUGCUGGCCACGGGGUACUAUGAGUUUUUGAUGCGUGACAGCCUGGAUCGGAUUCACAAGGGACAUGCCAAGUUCGAGUCGGGUAACGAGGGGCUGAUGCGGCACCUGAGCAGGAACACGGCGGCGGCUGUGGACGACAGUGAUACCUCAAACAUCGAUAAAUCCGGGGCAAGCAGAGUCACCAAAAAUAAGUCGAGAAUUUUUCUAAACAUCCUGGCGGAUUUCUCUGACCAAAGCGCGCAGUACGCCGUCAAUGGCAAGGCGCUGCGCAAAGUCGACUUUGUGCCAAUCUCGGCCAACGCAUGA